AUGUACUGCGGCAAUAUACCGUGCCAAUUUAUUGCACCAAUUUACCACCUUACUAUGCCGCGCCAAUUUACUGCGCCAAUAUACCGCGCCAACUUACCACAUCAAUAUACCACACCAAUAUACUGCGACGAUGUACUCCGCCAAUAUACCGCACCAAUUUACCACAUCACUAUACAGUACCGAUAUACCACGCCAACUUACCACAUCAAUAUACCGCCGCCGAUUUAUUACACCAAUAUACCGCACCGAUGUACUGCGCCAAUAUACCACAUCAAUAUAUCGUGCCAAUUUACCACAUCAAUAUACCGCACCAAUUUACUCCGCCAAUUCACCACGUCACUAUACCGCACCAAUUCACCACGUCACUAUACCGCACCAAUUUACCACAUCACGAUACCGCACCAAUUUACCAUGUCACUAUACCGCACCAAUUUACUGCGCUAA